AUGCCACCAGUAUUCUUCAAACCCCCUCUACCGGUUAAUCACAAGGCUCCCAAGGGUAGGAUUGUGCCCUUGACUAAACCGGAUAUCAGACUUGGGAAAUGCCUGGUCACACUGACGCCCAGACGUAUAAAGGCUGAGGCUCUGGAAAAGGUACGUUUGGCGCUUAGAAGAGUACUCAAGAAGAGGUGCGAAAGGAUUGUAGAUGUACAUGCUACAUACCCCGUCACCAAGAAGCCAGACGGUGUUAAAAUGGGUCAAGGAAAAGGUAAAAUUGAUCAUUACGUAGCACGAGUUCCAGCAGAUAUCAAGCACAAAUGCCAACCUAGGAAUAAGAAAAGAGGGAAGGGUAUAGAUACAAAGGAACCUGUGCCAAGCAUGAUUUGCGGAAUCCUUAGCCUAACAUACGAUAACCAUGAUCUCACUGAUGCAAACGAUGGGUCCAUCAACCUUGCAAAAAAACACAAUAUAAAAGAGCUAUCUACAUACUAUCACAAAACAUACGACAGUAAUAAUGACAUCAUAAGGAAACCUCUUAUACUUAAAAUCCAAGAUGAAGGCGGUGAGAAUCACUGGUAUUCCAAUGCGGAUGCAGAUAAAAAUGAACAAGAUGAAAAUGAAUGGUAUAAAGGAAAACCAAAUACUAGAUGGAAACUGAUCCAAAGUGAAGAUGACUUUCCUACUCAUUACCCAUGGAAAGGUGGAAGUAAGUUUACUAAGAAGCUAAAUGAUCUCACGUGCGAACUCCACAAUCUUCACUACGUUGAUAUUUCCAGGGAUGAGAAACUUGCUACUUACCACUCUUGUUCUGUCUGUAGCAAUUACAGCGUUACAGUUACUAAAGAGAACAGUAAUGUUGAAGGAUAUACCAAGUACAAACAUGAAUAUACUACUAACGCAAACUCCAUUAAGUAUGGAAAUACUCUUCUUAAGUUGAAAGAUGAAGGGGUUGAGGAUGAGGAAAUUCCACUUGAUAGUGACAAAAUUCGUCAACUAUUCGUCCAUUACUGGGAAAAGGACACAGAACAUACAAAACCUCUAUUCAUGGAGGUAUAUGUUAAAGGUUUUGAUACUACAGUUCCUGUUAGUAAUAACGGCGAAAAAGGUAAUAGUAAGUGGACUAUGAUAGAGGAAGCAGGACCUGUAUCUGCAGAGAUGCUCCAUCAACAAAGAUGCGUAGUAUACAAACCUGUAGAUAUAAACAUCUCUGAGCAAGCAGGCUAUCCUAACUCAUAUUGUAAAAUAAAGCACGGAAAAUGCCUAAACGAUAGGUGUAAUGGCCGCAUAAAUGUGGAACCGUACAAUAAGUAUAAGAUACCGGAUGAGUAUUCUGCUUACCGACAUAUUCACAAUACUAGAGAGCUGUUAACCAUCACUGGUUUCAAAAAUGGAGAUAGGCUGGACGAGAAAAAACCUCCAAUAUGGGAUGUUAAAGAGGUAAUCGUUUUCUUUCCCAAGUGUGAGAAAAAUCUUAGUGAUAAUACUACCGAAACUCCUCUUCUGAUCUAUGUUAGCAGUAAUAAUGAGGAUGGAGCGACUCAUAAGUGGUACAGUAGGACUAAGGGGGAUAAGGGUGGUAUUGAGUGGAAAGUGGAGAAUGGACUAGGAACUAAUCCCCCGGAUAAAGCUUUUGAGGAUGGUAAUCUUCUUGUAACAACUCUGAAUAGGAUUAGGGGUGAUCUUGAACUUAAGUGUCCAGAAGAUAUCAAAAGAGAGCUGGAGGAGCAAGAGAAAGCAAUAAAGGAAAAAGAAGCAGAGGAAAAACGAAAUAAAGAAAUAGCUGCACUCAAAGCUAAAGAAUGCACUAUUGGAGAGCUAUUUAAAGCUCUUGGGGAUGAUAUAGCUCCUGUACUAGGUACAUCUGUUGUAGCUAGUGUAGCUGGACUGUAUGGUACAACCGUAGCUCUUGAACUGGUUAAGGAUCUUAUUCCUACUUCUGUGGCUCAACUUGGAUCUGGUAAAGAUAGUAGAGAUUCUGGACAUCAAGAGUAUAAACAACUACAAUCACGAGCAGAUUCCGAUGAAAAUGGUGGUGGAGUACCAGGGCCAGAAGACCAAGAAGCUCCUCCACCACUUCCAACAUCUACUGAAGCUAAAGCUGAAGACUCUACUGCUUUUGAAGUUAUUCCUGAUGCUCCCUCAGCAACUUAUUCGAGGAUGGUAUUUGAGGAACAUGGUAACACUAUGAAACACACUAUGUAUGGAAAUUUCGUUAAGGAAUAUCACAACACUAUGAAAGACAUACGUGGAUAUGGCUCUGAUGUUGAAACAUAUGAGGCUGCUCCUGAAGUUACAGUUCCUAUCGACGUAUCUGUACUUCCUGAAGCUCAUCAAGCUGAAGAAGCUGCUUCUGGUAAACCUGGAUCUACUGAUAUUCACGCUGAAGGUGGUGAAGAUACUCGUGCUGAAAAACUUGCUGGUCAAGAUGCUGGUGAUUAUCAGACUGAAGUUACUCAAGAAACUAAAUCUGAGGAUACUCCUCAAUCUAAUGUCUCAUCUGAACCUGCUCCACCUGCUGAGGCUCAACCUUUUACUGGUGCUAGUGCUGCUAAAUUUGGUGGAGCAGGUGAAGCUCAUAUUUCUGCUCAUAAAGCCUUAGACCUUUCUCCUCCUGUAACUCUUCCGCUCUCUCCUCCAAACUCUAAUCAAGAUAUUAUUGAGACUACCAUCUCCGUAACUACGGGGGUUCUCGGUACUUCUGCCUUGGCUUGUUUCGCGGGAUGGAAACUUUAUAAUCGCUAUAAAGGAGACCCUUUGGUACGUAACUUGCUGUUAAGAAGUACUACAAUUGAUAAAAUGUUAAUCAGGAUAAUGUAUAUGGACCAUAAAAUCCCUAGUAAACACGAAUAUAUAGGAUAUCCGAUAAUCAGAUUGCCACAGUUGAGUCCAUUUCUACCGGGAGAACGACCAAUUUUUAUCGCACUAGAGAGAGUUGUUGCAAAUCUACCAAUUUCUUGCAGUUUUAGAUCACAAAAUAAUCACUUUAAAGUGGAUGAUCCAAAAAAGGCUGCCAAAGAUAAACUAGAAAGGGAUUUGGAAAAGAAGAGAGAGUUGUUAAGGGAAAGAUUUUCCAUGAAUAUACGAGCGUAA